UGAUCUAAAUGGCAUAGCUGCACAUGUCAUAUAGGCUGGUUUGAGUUUAUGAGUGGAAGCUCUGAGGGCAGAAACAUCUGGAUGAUGAGAGAAGUCAGAAGAAAAUGGCCAGACUGGUUUGAGCUGACAGGAAGGCUAUAGUAACUCAAAUAACCACUCUUUACAACUGUGGUGUGCAGAAAAGCAUCUCAGAACAGACAACACAUCAAACCUUUAGGUGGAUGGGCUACAACAGCAGAAAACCACAUCAGGUUCUAGUCCUCUCAUCCAAGAAUGAUUGAAUGAUGGGCACAGGUUUACCAAAACUUCACAGUUUUGGAGAAGUUUGGAGAAAUACCAGAGAAAUACCAGGAUUAUCAGCUGGGAACAAUGCAGGAAGUGGUGGAGAAAUCGCAGAGAGAAUGAGGAAUACACACUCUGAUCACCGAGCGACUUUUUCAACGAGUUGUUCAUAGAAACCCUCGAUUUUAAAGCAGGAGUGGGAUUUACGCAUGAAGCAUGGAUGAUUUGUGCAGUCUCACAUCGGAUGACAAGAGCUUCUUCAUACAGCUUACUUAAAAAAAUAAAUAAAUAAAUAAAUAACUCAUUUUUGGAUGGAUUUGAUAUUAUUGGAACUGUGCGAUUGCCAAAUGACAGACUGAAUGCACCACAGCAGAAGUUCUGUCCACCAUGGGCAGGUUUACCAAGUGGAACCGGAAAAGAUGAUACAGCAGAAUUAAUAUAUGGUAUGAACUGUGGUUGAUUCUUAAUAUGCAUAUAGGCUUAUUUUAUUUUUCUUCGAGCCCUUAGGGUAGGUUUCAUGCGUAAUGUAAACAGCCUACGUGUAAUGCUCGAUUUCUUUGCAAAAAAAAAAAAAAUUACAUUUAGGCUGGUGGAUGCAUAAACUCCUGUAAUGUGCAGCUUGUUGUUAUUGAGAGAAGAUUUAAAAAAAAAAAAGUGCAACAUGGAGUUAGUGUUAAGUAUUGGCACACUGUUUGUGUUCUGGUUAGUCUUUCUGAACUUUUCUCUCAUCACCGCGUUUGGUAACUUUGAGUAAAUGUGUAGUGUAAAAAAAGAAGACAGUCGAGCAGAACAGGCGUGUUGUGGAUGUGAUGAGGGGCUGAUGAAGGGCUGAAGAGGAGAAAUCGGCGCCUUUUCAAGCUGUUUGGAGAAGUCGGAAGUGGAGCGCGUGCUGAGAGCGUUGCACCGGAGCGCAGCGCAAACCUCAAGUCUGAGGUGGGCUUUUAUUAUGCGAAGCGGUGCUGCGACGUGUCAGAAAUGAAGGAAAAGUCCAAGAAUGCGGCAAAAACGAGACGAGAGAAAGAAAAUGGGGAGUUUUACGAGCUUGCCAAGCUCCUGCCUUUGCCCUCGGCCAUCACCUCGCAGUUGGAUAAGGCCUCCAUCAUCAGACUGACCUCCAGCUACCUGAAGAUGAGGGCCGUGUUUCCCGACGGUGUGGGGGAGGCAUGGGGCGAGGCGGCGCGCUGCAGUCCGCUUGACUCUGUGGCCAAAGAGCUCGGAGCGCACCUGCUGCAGACUCUGGAUGGCUUUGUGUUUGUUGUCGCCUCUGAUGGUAAAAUCAUGUAUAUCUCUGAGACGGCCUCAGUUCACCUCGGCUUAUCUCAGGUUGAGUUGACAGGUAACAGCAUAUUCGAAUACAUCCACCCAUCUGACCAUGACGAGAUGACUGCAGUGCUGAGCGCUCACCAGCCACUUCACCCGCACUUUCUACCAGAGUACGAGAUGGAGCGAUCCUUCUUCCUCAGGAUGAAGUGUGUAUUAGCCAAGCGGAAUGCAGGGCUGACGUGCGGUGGUUACAAGGUGAUUCACUGCAGUGGUUAUCUAAAGAUCCGCCAGUACGUGAUGGAGGUGUGUCUGUACGAGUCCUGCUAUCAGAUUGUGGGUCUGGUGGCCGUGGGUCACUCUCUGCCUCCCAGCGGCAUCACUGAGAUCAAACUCCACAGCAACAUGUUCAUGUUCCGCGCCAGCCUAGACCUCAAGCUCAUCUUCCUCGACAGCAGAGUGGCUGAGUUGACCGGUUAUGAGCCACAGGACCUGAUAGAGAAAACCCUGUACCAGCACGUCCAUGGCUGUGACGUGUUCCACCUGAGAUACGCACACCACUUACUACUGGUGAAAGGGCAGGUCACCACAAAGUAUUACCGCAUGUUGUCCAAGCAUGGCGGCUGGGUCUGGGUCCAAAGUUACGCCACCAUCGUGCACAACAGCCGCUCAUCUCGGCCGCACUGCAUCGUUAGUGUCAACUACGUUCUCACAGAUAUUGAGUAUAAGGACUUGCAGUUGUCUCAGGAGCAGCUCAGGGCCAGACCAGUCCUGUCCUAUAAGAGCUCCCACUCUCCCCCACAGGACUUGCGCAAACAGUUCAAAGCCAAAACAGCCAGAGUCAAAACCAAACCCAAAACGUCCCCAUACCCACAGCUCUCCAUGUCCUCUGAUAAGUUGGAAUCCCCUCCAGGAGGUAGCUGGAAGUCAAGUCCUCCAUGCAGCCUCUCAGCCAGCCAAGAAAAGAGUCCCGUCUCACUGUCCAACCCUGAGCCGGACGAGAUGCUGCCAUAUAGUCUGCCCCUGCCGUACUCAUGUGCACAAGCUUACACACGCCUCCGUGAGGACUGCAGGAAGCUGCAGCCUGUGACAAGUUCCCCCGAGCAGGAUGAGUGUCAGCUCCUCUCAGCCCCAGUGGUCCACAGAGACGAACACUGGGGCAACACAGGCUCCCCCAAACACCCUUUAAAUCCACACACACUCAGCACCAAACCUUCUCUACACAACGGCAGCCCCACCACCUCAUCAUAUGGCAACAGUUAUGCAGAUUGUGGUACGGUGACCAGGAGGUUUCCCGGUGAUCCUGACAACUUCAGCAGGUGCUCGUCUUCCUCCGGACCUAGCAGCCGCUUCAAAGAGGAGCCAUACGAACAACUCUCCAUUAGCCAUAGCAGGCCACAGAGCCAUCUUCACAAUCCUAUACAGGGAAGUGCUGAGGCCAGGAAAUUUAGUAAAGACCACACAGAGAGGGCCGAGAUGGCAAUGCCAUGCCGGCUGUUGAGUAAGAGCACCUAUGAUCAGCCACGUGUGUGCCAGGGACUCCAGAACCUUAGCCAGAACCUUCCCAUGCAGAUGAUGUUGGAACAGAAACGUAGGUUGCACAUGACUGACAAACCAUACAACCCCCAGGGGCAGCAGCAAUCGGCUCGUGGGUACUGCGAUGCCAAUAGGGCUGAGGAGAGGACAGUACUGAAGGGACAAGCUCCAUACGUCUCUCUGAACCUUCACCACGUUUUGGCUAAACACAGCUCCUUCCCAGCUGUGCCGUAUUCACUUGGGCACCUGACGGACAGCUACAGCUACCGGGGGGAGGAACUCAAUCCCUAUUUGUACAGGGGCCAGAGCCCUGCCUCCCGCCCUUCCCCCGAGAACCAUGGCCAAAUUCCGCACUACAUCGGCACCUCGGUCAUCAUCAGCAACGAGAGGUGACCUGCUCAGGGUCAAAUGUCAAGGGGCAGAUACCAAGGACACUAAAACUCUUGUGCCAGCAGGUUGCAAGUGAACACAGAUUCAGACACAGCUGCACUCAUGCAAGCCAAUGCUAGACUCUGCAUGGAGCAACACAUUACUUCAGGUACUGAGUAUAUUCUAUUUUUACAAACCGCAUAGCCAGUAGUGAGUGUGAUAGUGAGAGGACAGAGCUGGUGAUAGUUCUGUAAAUGCUGAGAACUGGUAUAUUAUCUGGGAUUUUUAUCCUAGUUGCUGAACAAACAUGCAACUAAAUAUGCAAGAGCAUAUGGCUCAAUGUGAACUGAAAACUAAUCUAAUUGUAGGUUUGAUUUUAACUAAAUAUUAUCAAAAUCCUGAUAUUAUAUUUAAAUCAAUGUCAUGAUGCUCAGACUGUUAACACCAACCAACAACCUUUUAAGAAUUAUGAUUUUUAAAGUUUACACAUAGCAUGAUGGGUAUGAUAUGUGAACAGUGAAAAGAAAUGUACUGAUUAAGAAUUAAAAUGUUUUUGCCAUGUGUGAUUUAUUUUAAGCUGGAACAAACCAACAGAACAUAAUAUCUUUUAAAAAUAUGCUCACUGGCUCAUGAACAGAAGAUAUUAGCAAUUUCCCAGAUCCUGCUUCAAUUUCGGUGUUGCCUAACAACCAAUAACCCACAUGUUUAAAGUUAAAUAGCUUUAGAUUGUGGCCAAGAAGGUGCAGAAAAUACAACUUCUGCUUGAUCACAAAGAAAUAAUACUAUGUUUAUUUCUGACACUGCUUUGACUUAUUUGUGACAAACAUAAAUGAAAUAUGAAUUGCAUCCAAAAGAUAUGGAAAUGAUGAAAAGGUACUUUGAAUCUGAAUAAAAAAUAAGAAAUGAGA